GGCAGGGCCGCCAUUUUUGCAAAGGGAAAAGAGACUGGUCUGAGGGGAUCUAAUUUCUAAAAGUCGCCGUUGACUAAGGCUCAGUUUUAACGGUUUCAGGUCGAUUUUUAGUCCAAAUUCGCGUCCCCGCGCACAACAAGAGGCACGGGAUUUUCCACGGGGAAGGACUCGUUAGAGGACACGUUUAAAGGCAAACAUUUCAAAGCUUUGCUGGGGAUCCGCAGUGUGUGGACAGAAGUAUUGUUUUGGUUGUGGAAGCUGUGUGCAAAGCGACGGGGGUCUCGCCCAGGUCCCCUUAUUCGCUCCUGAGAUCCUCCAAAGUGGACAUAAAACGGCCUUGUGGAUGCACUUAGAUGUCUGCAAUGACUGCUGUGGCUGGCAUGCCUCAGUGUUUUGGACUCCCAUUCUCUGGACUCAGUAGGACAAGAACUGAUCAGCAGAGAACGUCAUGAGCAUAGUCAUUCCAGUGGGGGUGGACACAGCAGACACCUCAUACCUGGACAUGGCGGCGGGCUCAGACAGACCAGAAUCGGUGGAGGCCAGCCCUGUGGUGGUGGAAAAGUCCAGCUACCCGCACCAGAUCUACAGCAGCAGUUCACACCAUUCCCACAGUUACAUUGGCCUUCCUUAUGCUGACCACAACUAUGGGGCGCGGCCCCCACCUACCCCGCCAGCCUCCCCUCCUCCCUCCAUGUUGAUCCGACAAGUCGAGGGAGGGUUGUUUGUUCCGGGGGGCCAGGACGAGGCAUCCAGGGGCACCACGCUCAGCACCUCCGAGGAUGGCAGCUACGGCGCUGACAUCACCCGCUGCAUCUGUGGCUUCACCCACGACGACGGCUACAUGAUCUGCUGUGACAAGUGCAGCGCCUGGCAGCAUAUAGACUGCAUGGGUAUCGACCGGCAGAACAUUCCUGAGACCUAUCUGUGUGAACGCUGCCAACCACGACACCUGGACAGGGAGAGGGCCAUCCUGCUGCAGACCAGGAAACGAGAAUGUUUGUCAGACGGGGACACCAGUGCUACAGAGAGUGGAGAUGAGGUUCCGCUGGAGCUGUACUCCACCUUCCAACACACGCCGACCACCAUCACCCUGACAACCGGGCGCCUCGGCACCAAACAGCUUGAUAAAAAACGUAAAAAGAGCGGGGACAAGGAGCCGCCGGCGUCCGCCGCCCGAGCUAAGAAGGCCUUCCGGGAGGGGUCCAGGAAGUCCUCCAGAGUAAAGGGUGCCGCUCCGGAGCAGGAGCCGACAGAGCACCCGUCUCUGUGGGAGAACAAGAUCAAGACGUGGAUGGAAGCGUACGAGGAGGCCAGCAGCAAUCAGUACAGCGAGGACGUCCAGGUCCUGCUGCGUGUUAAAGAGCAAGGCGACGGCAAGAGCCUGGCGUACAACACGCACCCAGCCUCUUUCAAACCACCUGUGGAGAGUCAAGUUCAGAAAAACAAGAAGAUCCUCAAGGCGGUGCGAGACUUGGCCCCCGACUCCCUCAUCAUUGAGUACAGGGGAAAGUUCAUGCUUCGGCAGCAAUUCGAGGCCAAUGGGUACUUCUUCAAGAGGCCAUACCCAUUUGUGCUAUUUUAUUCAAAGUUUGACGGACUGGAGAUGUGUGUGGACGCUCGCAGCUUCGGCAACGAAGCGCGCUUCAUCCGUCGCUCCUGUACCCCCAAUUCUGAAGUGCGGCACGUCAUCGAAGACGGCAUGCUGCACUUAUACAUCUACUCAUUGAGGCCUAUCACCAAGGGUACAGAGAUCACCAUUGGCUUUGAUUUUGACUAUGGCAGCUGUAAAUACAAGGUGGACUGUGCCUGUGUGAGGGGGAACCAGGAGUGCCCGGUACUCAAGCACAACCUGGAGCCCACGGAGAACCUGGGCGCCGGCGGCCGGCGCCGAGGCAGUCGCAAGGACAAGGAGACUGCCCGGGACGACCUCGGCCAGAACCAGAACAUGGGUUUGGAUUGCGAGGGGAAGCCCAAGAGCUUAGGCGACGGCAAACAGAGGAAGCUUUCCCCUCUCCGCCUCUCCAUCUCGAACAACCAGGAUCCUGAGUUAUAUGAGGAUCUAGAAGACAAAACCUCCAUUAGCAAUGAAGUAGAGAUGGAGUCAGAGGAGCAGAAUGCAGAGAGGAGGAGGAAGAUGGCCAGCCCAGCGGAGCAGUCCCAUCUCCCUGUCGGGGCGGCUUCCAGCUGGAAGGGACUGAAACACAAGGAGACACGAGAAGAGAGGAAGAUGGAGGCCAUCCUGCAAGCCUUUGCGCGCAUGGAGAAGAGGGAGAAACGCAGGGAGCAGGCCCUGGAGAGAAUCGGCACCGGCAAGUCAGAGGUCGGGGGCCGCAGUGACAUCAAGGACGAGCCUCCGACCACGCCAGAGAUGGCGGAUUCCCCGGCUGUCAUGCAGCCACUUCUGGAGUUGAAAGAGGAGCCAGGACUCAAGCCGGCGAAGGUGAAAGGCUCUAGAAACAGGAAGAGCUUCUCCAGAAACCGCACGCACAUCGGCCAGCAGCGCCGGCGAGCGCGCACCAUCAGCACCUGCUCCGACCUGCAACCGGGCUCUCCGACCGAGUCUCUGGAGCCCCCGACCAAUGAAACCAUGGAUGGAGGAGAAACCCCCACCGCCCUGGAGCCAGAGGCCAUGGAUUCCCAAGCACCGGACUGCAGCCCUCCGCACAGCAGCUCGCCUGCGCCUGACAGACACCGCAUGGGGAGCAAGAACUUCAAAACAAAAAAGCACUUUGUCAGCGAAUGGGUGGGAGAGAAGCAGCAGGACCGCAGCGCAGUGCGAACCCCCGAGCCGGCCCCAGAGAGGCCGCUGAGAAUAAGCAGUGACCCCGAAGUACUCGCCACGCAGCUGAACGCCUUGCCGGGCAUGGCCUGCUCGCCGCAGGUCUACAGCACUCCCAAACACUACGUCCGCUUCUCGUCCCCAUUCCUGGCCAACCGCAGCCCCACCACUCCGGGGGUCCCCACCGGGAGACGGCGGUCCAGAGAGCUGCCGGAGACGCCACCGACCACGGGCUCCUGCAAGAAGCGAUGGUUGAAACAGGCUCUAGAGGAGGAGGGCUCCACCAGCCCGGCCAGACGGCCGAGCCUGCUCAUGCCCUACGAGGGUCCACUCAGCCCCUCCAUCAACGGAGACUCCGAUAGUCCUCUGCCCUACAAUGGCACCUGCUCGCUACCAGAGUUGCCCACACCCUUGAAAAAGCGGCGGCUGAGUCCGUUGGACACCUGCAUGUCCGAGAGCUCGACGCCUUACGGCUCGCCCUGUGCCACACCCACCCGGUCCGACCAGCCGGAGGCGCCCGCCACACCCGUCUUACUGGCCACCCCGCCGCGUCCCAGAACGGAGGAGCCCAGUACAGAGCCCUUGCCCACCACCCCAACACAGACACUUAGUGCCCCUCAGGAGAGUGAAUCUUCAGGGGACAGCUCACCAGAGGUCAGCCGGAAACCCAGUGUGCAAGAGGCCGAUCGCCCGCCUUCGUUGGUCUCCUCUCCGUGCAUCAGGGCUCCCAGCUCAGACGGACCCCCAACAGAAGUCAAGGUGGCAGUUCCAGAGAGUCCGCAGCCCCCAGCAGCGGAGUCAGUGGACAGCGGCGAGGACCGGGCCGACGGCGGAGUCGUUGAAGGCACGAGUGAAGCUUCCUCGUCCGCAGAACCUUGCGCUUCCUCUUUUCCCGGCUGGAUAAAAAGCCCGGAGAGAGGCCCGACUGGGACAGCCGGCCUGAACUUCUCCCCGGUUAACUCGAACUUACGGGACCUCACGCCCUCACACACCCUGGAGCCUCUGGUGGCUCCCUUCAGGCCCGAGGCUGCAGCUGGGACUGCAACGGUGUCCGUUGCGGGGACGGUGCCGGUGCCGUUGCCGUUGCCAUUGCCGUUGCCGUUGCCGUUGGUCAUCCCUCAAGCCCCCUUUACUGAAGGCCAGGGGCCGAUCUUUUACCCCUGCCCCGAGGAGGGCAGUUCACUCGGAUUCUCGCGCUCGCUGAACGGCGACGGCUCCGUGGAGGGGGGUGGGUCUGCGCAGAACCCUCCACAAAAGAAAAAGGUUUCCCUGCUCGAGUACAGGAAGCGUCAGCGAGAAGCUCGACGCAGCGGCUCCAAGACCGAGUGCAGCUCGCCCGUCUCCACCGUGCCGCCUCUGACCGUGGACGCCUUUCCCGUUGCUCUGGAGACCAGCGAGCCGCCUCCUCCUCCUCCUCCUCCUCCUGUACCUCCUGCUCCCACAGCUCUCUGCAACCCCACCACCACCAUCUCCACCUCCACCUCCACCUCCUCCACCUCCACCGUAAAGGAGCCUCAAACAAAUCAAGAGGCCGAGGCCGCUGCAGAGAGAGGAGAGAGGGAAGGAGGAGAAGGGCAGUGGACGUCGUCGACCUCUGUGGAGCAGGCCCGUGAGCGGAGCUACCACCGAGUUCUGCUGCUCAGCAAAGAUAAAGACACAGACGGUGAGACUGAGGGCGGCGACACGCCUGCACUGAGAGACUGUCCAUCGCCAGGUCUUCAGAAGACCCCGACCCACGCACCCUGCUCUCCCGGUGCUCUUGUCCAGACUCCCGGGCGCUCGGCGAAGGAGGAAGACGGUGACGGUCAACCUCGGACGCCAAAUCCGACAAGCCAGCCGCCGAGCAAGCCUGUGGGACCCAAGCUGGCGCCUCUGACCCCUACAAAGCUGCUUCAAACCCCUCUGCCCUCCUCUCCGGUCCACUACCCUGGAGCCUCUCUCCUCCACCCACCCAAGCCUCAGCCCCAGGGCUCGCCCUACCGCAGCCAGAGGGCGCUGUUCUCCGCUCAGCCUCCGAACCAGCCCCAGGCUCAGACCGCUGCUGCUCCUUUCCCACAGUACAACUCGCAGAGCGCCCCACCACCACCUCCCCCUCCUCCGCCAGCGCCGCAAGUCUCCACGGCGUAUUUCCCCAGCCAGAGCCCCUCGCCCGCCGGACCCUUCCCUGGGUUUAAACCUUCCGUCGCCCCCGCUUACCCUCCCGGCUCUCAGUCCUUGCUGCAGACUCUUCCCCACAGCGUGCACUAUCAGAGCUCAGCCGCACCACCGCCGCCGCCGCCUCCUCCACCUCCGCACCCAAUGCCUGGCCCCACUCUGCUGCACGUCAACCAGCAGCACCAGCUCCUGCUGGCCGCUGCUCCUCCUCCACCUCCUCCGCCGCAGGGCCAGACGUCCCAACAGCCGCAGCAGCAGCAGCCUCCCGCCGGCAGCACCUUGCUGUCGCUCACCCCUCCUCCGCCGCCUCCCCCACCUCCCCCGGCCCCCUCCACCAACCCCCCGAUGCAGCCCCACCACUUUCAGAACUUAGGGGGGUUUCAGCCGGUGCUGAUGCAUCCGGUCGCCGCUGCCAAUCCUUCGGUGCCCCAGUCGACGUACCCCCCGUCCCUCCAGCAGACCGGACUGCCUCCACCUCCCCCUCCCCCUCCCCAACAGACUCAACAAGGCCAGGCCCUGGCCGCCGCCUCCCAGAUGCCUUCUGGGACUCGUGGAGCUCCUGCGUCCUCAACCCCCUUCCACAGCUCGGGGUACCUGAGCACGGGGUGGCACUGACUGCCCCUCGGCCCCCCCUGCAAGCCCCUAAGAACUCGACAUGAGAGGGGUGUGUACCAUAAGCUGUAGAUAAUGUUUUCUAUGUACCUGAACACAUGGCCAGUGGAAAAACAGCUGAUUGUGGGAUAAAAGGGUACUUUUUAAAAUAAAAGAAAAGAAAAAAUGGACAGAAAUUUUUAGAAAAGAGGACAGUGAACUAAUCUUCAAGAAAAACUGUAUAAAAAGAUGAAGAUGGACGAUCCCCUCUCCCCGCCCGGUGCUCACAGCCCUCUGGCCUCCGUUUGUUUUAUAAACCCUCUCCUGUAACGGAGAUGACAGUUCUGUUCUGUGUCUUGUUCGGACUCCUGUUGUAAGGCCCCGCACUUUGUUUAUCUAUCGACAUUCCAGCCUAUAACACCCCCCCUCCUCCUCCUCCUCUCCCUCUUCCUCCUUUGUCAGUUAUUCCUUUUACUUCCUCCUCUCUAUCUCUCGUCUCGUCUCGUCCGCUCUCUUACACCGUUUUAUUUGUUUUAAUCUAGUGGCUCAUUAUGGCAAAAGAGAAAAGCUUUUUGUAUAGAGAAAAAAAAACAAUUAUUUUUUUUAUUCCUCUGUCUAACAACAAAUAAUCUGCUCACCGCUGCAGAUUCAGUAAAGACCUUUUUCUGGGAGCCGGCCUCACCGCCCCCCGGGAGGCUGCACUCGUGUGUCUGUGUGUGUGUGUUUUCGAAUGUGUGUGAGUGUGUUUGUGAAGGCGUGCGACUGCUUCGAGGAGGAACGUGUGUGUGUGUGCGUGUGUGUGUGUGUGCGUGUGUGUGAGUGUGAGAGGUUUUGUGUAACGAGUGCUCUUAGUCUUCUGAUGUAGGCAGAGUGGCCUCGCCCACAGGUAGGAUGUUAGCGGUUUAUUUUUUGAAUAUCGAUGGUUAUUUGUAGAAAGUGUAAUUUAAUGUAUAGGUGGUUACUCCAGCUUUCACCAGGAACAGGUUGUAAAUAUUUGCUUCUUUUUCUUUUCUAUGCUUGUACAAUUCGCCUCCCAUCCCCAGUUUGAAUUAUCAUUGUAAAUACGAAACGCUCUUUCUUGGCAAAGCUGAAUGUUUCUGUGACUGUAGCAUUUUUUUUAUGUUAAUAUUUUUAUUUUUUUUUCCUUCCCCCUCUCUGGACUCUUCGACUUUUUGUCUUCUUUUUUUUUAUUAUUUGUGUGUGAGUGUAUGUUUGUGUGGAGGGGAGAGACUCACAGACACUGCACUGGUUGGCUAUUUUCAUGGUUCAUUAUAAUAAAUCACUGUAAUGACAGUUUUAUACCA